AUGUCAAGCUCAAACCUUAAACUUCCUGCGAGCUGUGUGUCCAGAAACCCACCCCUUAACCAAAUUAAGAGUCCCUUUCUCAAGAGUCCCUCAUCCUUAGGAUCCGUAAGCAGCAUCUGUAAAGUCCGUGGUCUGAAGGCUAUGUCUGCCUCUGGUUUCCGGGCAUCUGCCAUGGCAGUAUAUAAAGUAAAACUGAUUCAACCUAAUGGUGAGGAAUGUGUGCUCGAUGUGCCAGACAACGCGUACAUCUUGGAUGUAGCAGAGAAUAAGGAAAUAGAUAUACCAUUUUCUUGCAGGGCUGGUGCGUGCUCCUCUUGCACAGGCAAGAUCGUUUCAGGAUCUGUUGACCAAUCUGAUGGAUCAUAUCUUGAUGACAGUCAAAUUAAAGCAGGAUAUGUGCUGACUUGCAUUGCUUAUCCGACUUCAGAUUGCGUGAUUUUAACUCACAAGGAGCAGGAACUUUUCUGA